AUGACUCGAGCGUUCUGCAUUUCUGUUGCUUGCUUACGCAUUGCUCGAUGCUCUUCUGCUACGUUCGGUUCUCCACAGUAUCACUGACUGACGGAUACGAACAUGCAGGACCCUGAUGCUCAACUCGAGCAGCUGCGUCGCAACUCUCUCCUCGGACCUGGAGACUUGAAACUUCCAACCGACCGCAAAAAGCCCAGCCAGAGGCAGAUGCCAACUUCGGCAUCAAUACCAGAAGAGACAGAACCUGCUGCCGGCAUGAGUGGAGGCGCGACGCCACACGGUCUGAACGAUCCACAACAACCACCGUUCGACAGCAUCAGUGCGACAAGUACGACGUUCAGCAUGGAUGCAGCGCAGAAGAAUGCGGCCAAGGCUGCACCGACCUUCUCGGAACCUCGCUUUGAUGGUGCAAGGGGUGAGCAAGGGCGGACUGCAGAGGACGUGUUGAGUCCGACGGAGCGAAGGCAAGCAGCGGAAGAGACUUUGAGUCCAACGCAGACCCUCGAUCGUAGUGCUCCAGCUGGGCUGGAUGGAGCUCACGAGCGCUCGACAGAAAGAAACACAGCAAGAGCGGCUCCGACAAGGUCCGGUACUAUACCGCACACAGGUGACAGCAAGAGCAUCACCAUCCAAAGUUUCUCUGAAAAACGCAUGGAGGAGAGUGUACAAGCGAUGAUGCAAGGCAGUACUACUGCGAAGCUGCAAGAAGGAGCUCAAUGGCGUGACGACCAGAGAUGGGACGACAGAGAGGCGGGGAUGGCGCAAGGCCAAAUGGAGCGGAGUUUUGAACGAGAGGACGUAGGGGAUGUGAUUCCGCCCGAAGAGCGGUUGGAGGGCAUGGCGAAUAGCAAGUGGGAGCAGAGACCUGACGGGCAUGGGGCUCAUGAGUUUCAGAAUGUAACAAGAGGAGACGGUGGUAGCUCGUAAGGGUGGAAUGGCUGCGACGUUGAAGCGCUUGGUUGAACAGCUUUGGUGUGGUUAUAUGCUCAGCGUUUGUGCGAGAGAUACUCUUCGUGGCCUCGGUAGUCAUAAAGAAGCCCACAAGCGAGAUCGUAGAUGGCAUUGUCGUUGCGAAGAACUUGCAGACUGCGAGGCCGAUGCAAUGCAUUAGUGGGUGUCGCCUAACUGGAGAUCGACAUUGUUGCAUAUACGGCAGACUACGUCGAACCCUCUUCAUCCCUAC